GGUCACUCUUCUCGCAGUCGCUCACUUCACUCACAGUCUCACACUCGAAGCCAUCUUCAUUGGGUGUGGGAGACUCCAUUUUUAAGAGCAUUCCGUUGGAACCUUGGCACCAUUUCUCCAUUACACCAAAGCGUUCAUUGGGUGCAUCUCUCUCACUCUUCGUCACUCUCUCUACACAAGCAACCUACGACUUACUGCAGAAGGGGCGUUAAAGCUUGGGGCAGAUAAUAGAUUGGGGCCUGUUAGGGUGAUGCAAAACCCUUGUCUGCUUCUCUAUCCUUCUUGGUUUCACUUUGCCGUCAUCUAACGGAUAUGGCGAGCGAGGGUGGGAAGAGUUUUGCGAGGAGGGAUCGUCUGAGGGAGAUUGAGGUGAAGGUUCAGAAAUGGUGGGAUGAGAAAGAGAUUUUCAAGGCUGAACCGGGCGAGAAACCUCCUGAACCGGGCGAAAAGUUCUUCGGAAACUUCCCCUUCCCUUAUAUGAAUGGUUAUUUACACCUUGGCCAUGCGUUUUCACUUUCCAAGCUAGAGUUUGCAGCUGCUUUUCACAGACUAAGAGGUGCCAACGUGCUCCUUCCCUUUGCUUUUCAUUGCACGGGCAUGCCCAUCAAAGCUUCAGCUGAUAAACUUGCCAGAGAGAUCCAACAAUUCGGAGACCCACCUGUUUUUCAUGCUCAAGUGAAGGAACAAGAAGCAGAUGAGCCUUCCAAGGCUGAGGAUGGUGAUGGUGCUCCUCCUGAGAAAUUCAAGGGGAAAAAGUCCAAGGCUGCUGCUAAAUCAAGUGGACAAAUUUACCAGUGGGAGAUUUUGCGUAGUGUUGGUAUAUCUGAUAGUGAGAUAUCUAAGUUUCAGGAUCCUUAUAAGUGGCUUUCAUACUUUCCCCCACUGGCUGUGGAGGACCUUAAGGCUUUUGGGUUGGGUUGUGAUUGGAGAAGGUCCUUCAUCACAACAGAUAUGAACCCUUAUUUUGAUUCCUUUGUUAGGUGGCAGAUGAGGAAGUUGAAGUCCAUGGGGAAGGUUGUGAAGGACGUGAGAUAUACAAUCUUUUCUCCUUUGGAUGGCCAGCCUUGUGCAGAUCAUGAUAGAGCAAGUGGAGAAGGAGUUCAGCCUCAAGAGUACACUAUUAUCAAGAUGGAGUUGCUUCCUCCUUUCCCUGCUAAGUUUGGGGUGCUUGAGGGAAGAAAGGUGUUCCUGGCUGCUGCAACGUUGAGACCUGAGACCAUGUAUGGGCAAACGAAUGCAUGGGUGUUACCUGAUGGGAAGUAUGGAGCCUUUGAAAUUAAUGAAACUGAGGUGUUUAUUCUGGCACAUAGAGCUGCUCUUAACCUUGCCUACCAGAACCAUUCACGGGUCCCUGAGAAACCCACUUGCUUGCUUGAGAUCAUUGGUUAUGACUUGAUUGGCCUUCCAUUAAAAUCUCCUCUUUCAUUUAAUGACAUCAUUUAUGCUCUUCCUAUGUUGUCUAUUUUGAUGGAUAAAGGUACUGGGGUAGUAACAAGUGUACCUAGUGAUGCUCCGGAUGACUAUAUGGCCUUGCAUGAUUUAAAGUCAAAACCAGCUCUUAGGGCAAAGUAUGGUGUUAAGGAUGAAUGGGUAUUGCCUUUUGAGAUUGUGCCUAUCAUUGAAGUUCCGCAGUUUGGAAACAAGUGUGCAGAGACUGUUUGCUUGCAGAUGAAAAUCAAAAGUCAGAACGAUAAAGAAAAGCUUGCAGAAGCCAAGAAGCAAACAUACCUGAAAGGAUUCACUGAAGGAACAAUGAUUGUUGGAGAAUUUGCAGGGAAGAAAGUUCAGGAAGCUAAACCCUUGAUAAGGAGCAAGCUUUUGGAAACAGGUCAGGCUAUUGUCUACAGUGAGCCCGAGAAGCGGGUGAUGUCAAGAUCUGGUGAUGAGUGUAUUGUAGCUCUUACAGAUCAGUGGUACAUUACAUAUGGGGAAUCAGAAUGGAAGAAGUUAGCUGAGGAGUGCCUGUCUAGCAUGAGCUUGUAUUCUGAUGAAACACGACAUGGUUUUGAGCAUACUUUAGGCUGGCUGAACCAGUGGGCUUGCUCACGAUCAUUUGGUCUUGGGACACGCAUACCGUGGGAUGAACAGUACUUAGUCGAGUCUUUAUCGGAUUCCACCAUUUACAUGGCUUAUUACACAGUUGCCCAUCAUUUGCAGAAUGGUGAUAUGUAUGGAUCUACCGAGUCUGCCAUCAAACCUCAACAACUGACCGAUGAUGUCUGGGAUUAUAUUUUCUGUUGUGGACCAUACCCUAAGUCAACUGAUAUUUCAGCAUCCCUUUUAGACAGAAUGAAGCAAGAGUUUGAGUAUUGGUAUCCAUUUGAUCUUCGCGUUUCUGGUAAGGAUCUCAUCCAGAAUCAUCUUACCUUCUGCAUUUACAACCAUACUGCAAUUAUGUCCAAGCAUCACUGGCCUCGCGGGUUUAGAUGUAAUGGCCACAUAAUGCUCAAUUCUGAGAAAAUGUCCAAGUCUACCGGAAAUUUCAGGACAUUGCAUCAAGCAAUUGAGGAGUUUUCUGCCGACGCUACACGGUUCUCUUUGGCUGAUGCUGGUGAUGGCGUUGAUGAUGCAAAUUUUGUCUUUGAGACAGCAAAUGCUGCAAUUCUUCGGCUCACCAAAGAGAUUGCAUGGUAUGAAGAGAUUCUGGCUGCAGAAUCUUCUAUGCGAUUUGGUCCCCCAUCUACUUAUGCUGAUCAUGUGUUUGUCAAUGAGAUUAACAUUGCUGUCAAAACAACUGAGCAAAGUUACUCCAACUACAUGUUUCGAGAAGCUCUCAAGACUGGCUUUUAUGAUCUUCAAGCCGCCAGGGAUGAGUAUAGAUUCUCAUGUGGGGUUGGAGGUUACAAUCGUGACUUGGUGUGGCGCUUUAUGGAUGUGCAGACACGUCUUUUAGCGCCUAUCUGUCCGCAUUAUGCUGAAUUUAUUUGGAGAGAGCUUUUGAAGAAAGAUGGUUUUGUGGUGAAUGCAGGCUGGCCGACAGCUGAUGCUCCUGAUCUUACACUGAAGAGUGCCAAUAAAUAUCUACAGGACUCGAUUGUUUUGAUGAGGAAGUUGCUUCAGAAGCAACUUUCAGGCUCAAAGAAAGCAAAUAAGAAAGGUCCUCCAGUUGCAUCACUGACAGAAAACAAAGUAACAGGCCUGGUAUAUGUAAAUGAACAGUUUGAUGGUUGGAAAGCCGAGUGCCUGAGUAUUCUCCAGAAAAAAAUUAACAGAGAAACUCUAACUUUUGCUCCUGACUCAGAGAUAUUGGAGGCUUUACAGCAGAGUUCUGUAGGUCAAUCUUCCAAUUUUAAGCAAAUCCAAAAGUUAUGUAUGCCUUUCUUGAGGUUUAAGAAGGAAGAAGCGAUUGCACUUGGAGCUCAAGCCCUGGAUUUGAGAUUGCCGUUUGGUGAAAUUGAGGUUCUUCAGGAAAACUUGGACCUGAUCAAGAGACAGAUAGGUCUAGAAAAUGUGGAAAUUUUAUCUGCAACUGAUGCUGAUUCUUUAGCUAAAGCUGGAUCUUUAACUUCUCUACUAAAUCAAAAUCCUCCAUCCCCUGGAAGUCCCACUGCCAUCUUUUUAACUCAGUAGCUACUAGGUUGCAAGAAUACUCCACCCAGGAACAUACAUGUAGAGUGAUUAUCUUUAUGAGGAUCGUGCUUUUUUGGUGGUUGGGAGAGGUUGAAUUAUUUUUCGAUGACAGAAGAUUUUGUUGGAUAUUGCUGAUGUAGAAUUCUGGUAAUUCUGGUUUGCUGACGUCGUACUUCCCUGUGCCCUGAAAGAUACCCCUUCUCAGCUUUUAAUUUGAUUAUCCCUUUAGUUUCCUUUAUUGUUUGCUCUAUAACUUCUUCAUGGCCUAGUUGUCGGUUUUCUGACUAUUGGGAAAUUACAUUUUGUUCCGAAGUGUUGUUGUAGUGAUGAGUUAUUUUAUUAGUUGGUAGAACAGCCGUUAAAGCAUACUUAAAUGAUAUGAUCAAAUUAUAAUUGUUUUCAUGCUCGGCAAGGAUUUCGGAGUUUAUUUCCUGACCUUGACAUGCUUCUUAAUUGAAAGUGUGACUAUAUUUAUAGCUAAGAGCCUAAAAUGCGUUUUCAUUUUAUUUAGA